AGGUUGCGGUACAUGGUGAAACAGCUGGAGACAGGAGAGGUGAAUAUCGAGGAGCUGAAGAAGAACUUGGAAUAUACAGCUUCUUUGCUUGAAGCGGUUUAUAUUGAUGAGACCAGGAAGAUUCUGGACACAGAAGAUGAACUCCAAGAGAUCAAGUCUGAUGCCGUACCCUCUGAAGUCCGAGACUGGCUGGCCUCCACUUUUACCCAGCAGACCCGGGCCAAGGGGCGCCGUUCGGAGGAGAAACCCAAGUUUCGCAGCAUUGUGCAUGCUGUUCAAGCUGGCAUCUUCGUGGAAAGGAUGUUCCGUCGAACGUACACAGCUGUGGGACCCAAUUAUUCUCCCUCGGUCAUCAAUUGUCUGAAGACUCUCGACCUCUGGUUUUUUGAUGUCUUUGCACUGAACAGGGUGAGCGAAGACCAUGCCUUGCGCACAAUUGUCUUCGAGCUGCUCACCCGCCACAAUCUCAACAGCCGCUUCAAGAUCCCGACGGUGUACCUCAUGACUUUCCUGGAUGCACUGGAGGCUGGUUAUGGGAAAUAUAAGAACCCUUAUCACAAUCAGAUACAUGCUGCUGAUGUUACCCAGACUGUACAUUGCUUCUUGCUUCGCACUGGCAUGGUGCACUGCCUGACAGAGAUUGAGGCCCUGGCCAUUAUCUUUGCAGCCGCAAUCCAUGACUAUGAGCACACGGGUACCACCAAUAGCUUCCACAUCCAGACCAAGUCAGAUACUGCCAUUUUGUACAAUGACCGGUCAGUGCUGGAGAACCACCACAUCAGCGCUGUUUUCCGCAUGAUGCAGGAAGAGGAGAUGAACAUACUUGUCAACCUGACCAAGGAUGAAUUUGUUGAGCUCCGGUCGCUCGUGAUUGAAAUGGUUCUGGCUACAGACAUGUCCUGUCACUUCCAGCAAGUCAAGUCCAUGAAAACUUCCCUGCAGCAGCUUGAGCGGAUUGACAAAUCAAAAGCCCUCUCCUUGUUGCUGCAUGCAGCUGAUAUCAGCCACCCUACCAAACAGUGGACGGUGCACUCCCGAUGGACCAAAGCACUCAUGGAAGAGUUCUUCCGUCAGGGAGACAAGGAAGCUGAGCUGGGAUUGCCCUUCUCCCCAUUGUGUGAUCGUACAUCCACACUGGUGGCCCAGUCACAGAUUGGUUUCAUUGAUUUUAUCGUGGAACCCACUUUCCAAGUUCUGACAGACGUAGCGGAGAAAAUGGUCAUCCCAUUAGUGGAAGAAGGUUCCAAGAAUAAAUCGCCCAGCCAGCAGAGCAGGUUUGCACCUACCAGUUCCACCUGGCGUCAGCCUUCUGUAGAUGAGCAUGCUGAACUGGGGGACAUCAACGCUGACAUCAAGAGCUUCCGUUCCACUUGGACCAAGUACAUCCAAGAGAACAAGCAGAAGUGGAAGGAACGAGCUGCCAGUGGAAUCACCAACCAGACAUCUAUUGAUGAGCUCUCACCUUGUGAGGAAGAGGUGAGCAUGCCUGAAAACCGGCACAAUCAGAACGGCAAUGUGGAAUAGCGCUGCGUGCAGGAGCAAGGUCUUCAACACAGUUUACUCCAAAGUCUUCGAUACCAUCGACUCAGCACCAUCCGCACAGGGAGGGAGCCCCUCCCCAGCUCGAGAAGGGUGUGACAUGAAUGCGACCAUCAAUACUACUAGUAAUAAUAUUAAUACUGAUAAAUGCAAGUGUUACCGAGUCAACGAUGUCGACAUCACACAGUACACACUGCCUGCCCCAUCCCUGAGUUGCAGAGAAUGAAAGACUGAGACCCUCCCUCUCCCGUGUAACUUCCUCCCAUCACUGAGUGCAAGUGGGCAAAAGGCUGUGGUGACACUGGGACUGGUCACCCAAACUCUUCCCUUUUGUGCCCAACAGCCCAGGUAAGGCUUCUCACUGCCAAACCAGCCAAGCGACUGCCAAGGCCACUGUCACCACUCCCCGCCCCUUAAACAAAUAUUGGUGGUGAUGGUACUGUAAGUGAAGAGUGUGCGAAGGGAUCUUUUAAACUCAGCAUGGCAGGCAUGCAUGCAUCUGAGGGGAGGGGACUCUCACCCCUGCGUGAUGGCCUCUGAAGGAGGCCUGAAGUGGCUGGAUCCCAGGAAUUCUCCACCCCUUAUGAAAUUCUCCCUGCAGGGCAACGUCCUGCUGUCUCUCUGUCAUCCAGCCUCUUGCAUGGAUAAAUGUCAUCCCUGUACUUUGCCUCCGGGUCUUGAAGACAUCUGAUUUUCAACCGCUGUGGCAUUAACUCAGAGUGACUCAGAUCUCAAAUGCAUCACCUCUCCCUCCUUUCAGGCAAUAGCUUAUACUGUGACCAAAUGCUGAACCUCACCUGCAUUCCCUCAUCCUUGCCAUCAUUAAGUGUUGCCCAGUCCCAAGCAGUCAUUCCAGCAUUUCAGAGAAAUAAGCAAGUGUUGGAAAGUGAAGGCAAUCUCUCUCUUGAAGCAGCAGCUUUUCAGUCCUGGUCUCGAAACUCAGUCGUGUUUCCUUCUCCCAUUCAUAGACUGAAUUCCUGCAAUUGAAUCUGCAGCAUGGAGGCCAGUACACUUUGGACCAGCAAGAGACUUCACAACUCCUAGGGCCUGAGGAACAGAAAGUUCGCAGUAUUUCAGUUCAGUCUUCCCCAACCUGGCGCUCUCCAAAUGUGUUGCUCUACAACUCCGACCAUUUCUAUCCAGCACAGCUGCCCAGAAUUGGCAGGGAUGGUGGGAGAGGGGGUGGGGUGGGAGAGAGAGAAGGCUACUGGAGAAUGAAGUGAAUUGUAGUCCAACCCAUUUAGAAGGCACUCAGUUGGAGACCCCCAGGAUAAGUAGUGCAUCCUUUAGGACAUCACUCUGAUCUUUGUGCAUCCUUAAGGAUAUCAGCAUAUGCUUUUUUCACUGAGACUGUGGGCUUAGCUGCUCCUUCAACAGAAAGCCUGUCUCUCUUGUGAUGUCAUGCAUACAUGCAUGUUACUCUGUAUGGUUAUGAUCAGGAUGAAUAAGAGUGAUCUCCUGCAGGUGAAGGGAGUUCUGAGAAGGGCAUCCACCAGCAGAAGAGAACAAAGGACCAGAGUUUAUUUAAUCCAAAUUAGGAGCACAGAGUAAUGUUAGGGCUCAGCUAAGUAAUAACUUCAUACCUGUCACCAAGGGCAGAUUGUCUUUCUCUCAAGCUGCAGACCAUUCCAUAUACCUGAAAUGUGAAGAUAUGUCUUCCAGAUCUAAUGAUUGGCUGCUAAGUAAACUUAAGUCCCAGCAUCAUUCACAUUUAGUAGCAAAUUAGAACACAAGCAUGGUUUUGACUAUUGUUCUACUAUAGAACAGAAGCACUGUUUGACUAUUAGAUGGAUGUGGAUCUAAGACUGCUGAGCAUUGUCAGACGCAUGACAGGAACAUCUCUUUGAUGUUCUUGUAGAAGAUUGAGGCACAUUUAUUACAUUAAUAUGGAAGAGCGAGGCUGGCUAAUUCCCAUCUUGGGCACAUCCUCUUUCAUUCACUUAUCCUGGUGUUCGCUAAAUUACAAUAGUCUCAGCUGCCAAUCUUCUUGUAAUGCUACACAAGCGGAAGUAUACAUAGCGGGAAACGCUACAGUCAGACAAGGGCAUCAGGGUGCAGCGGUUGAUGCCAAGAAACCACCACAACUUGAGAAAUGGCUCGGAAGAUGUCAUUUGAGAGGCAAACCGGGCAUACGGUGAAGCAAUCGUGUGACACUACAGCACUUGCUAAACUGUAGCAGGAACUGGUUAGUCCACGUUCCAAGUACAUUUGUGUGUCUUGGUGCUUAAUUAACACAGAGCAACUGUGAGAAAUCUUAGGCGGAGCCUAAGGAAUGGAAGUUCAUCAAAAGAUGUACGGAGUAGCUCGAGAGCACCCUGAGGAAUUCACACAGUGGAAUCUCCCCAAAUCAAUCCAUGGAAAACCAGGACACCAGCGGAGAGCUCAUAUUCUACGUGCAGGGAUUUUUCUUCUUAACUCGGGAGAGCAAGGCUGGCGUGAUUGGCUCCAAAGUGCAGGCACAAGUGGUUAGUUCUAGGUGUGUUGUCCCAGAUGCUUUUACUGAAUGCAGAGGUCGAUUUUAGUCAUUCCUCCCCAACGUUGGCUCUUUCAUUAUGAACACUGUAAAAAAGGAGAACCGGUUUUCCUCUAUGAAAAGUCAAUUGGUUGAGCCAACAUUGCAGAUGAUCUCUUUAUGAUUCUUUCACUAUGGAGCUCAGAGCCAGCAGGAUUAAUGAAUGCUUCUUGCAUUUGGCUGCCUAGUUCAGGCAUUGCAGGAAGAAAGAAGGCGGUUUUGUUUAUUUUCAAAUUAGCCUCAGGGUGGGAACGGCAUGUUGGCAUUGGCUAACUCUAGAGGAAGACGUUCUACAAGGAGAUGGCUGAAUAAUAGGAAAAGCCACGGUUUAAGUAUACAUAAGCAAAAGAGUAGAAUAUUGCAGAGACUGUGGUGGGACGGAUAUCUUGUCCAUUUGUCCAUAAUGAAUGUCAGUCUCCCUGAUCCGCAGUCUGUUAGGCCAACAACACAGCUGAAAGAUUCAGGCCUCAGUCCCCCGCCCUCCCCCCACUGCCUUUCAUCCAAGUGGAUUCUCCUUUUGAAAUGGAGACGUAGCUGAGAAUUUGCCCUGUAUUUCUUCUUCAGCUAUGACAUCUAAUCCAACUUUCUGAAUGCUUUCCUGGAGACUGACUUGGUUGAACAAGGAUCACUCUGGAUUGGAGCUCUCUUUGCCCUGACCUGGCUAUUUCUCCAAGUAUUCAACUGGGGCAAAACUUCCUGUUCGCAUCUCCAACUUCCUUGUCCUCUUCCCCCAGUCCCACAACUUUGUAAAUAUCCCUUUGUCAACACAUUUGGUCCGUGGAACUCUGUAUGUAUUUGUACCUCGGACAUAAUUUUUCUACCAUGCAGUAACUUUUUUUUGUUGUUGUUCUGUUUCUUGAAGUCAGAUUCUUAUUAUAACAGCUCCAUAUUCCAAUGCCGAAUUCCAAAUUAUGCGCAUGUAAUAGCAACUUAAAAAAAGAAGAAACAAAUAAACAGCAAAAUAAAAUAAAAGGA